AUGGAGAACGAAGAACAAAACUUCCCAGAUAGAAAGCAGGAUCUUGAUCACAGAGCACUUGAUAAAUACAUGCAAGAGCAUGAAAUCAGAAAAAUAUUUACAGAAAUGCUAGCUUAUUUGGUCGAAAAAAGAUCAGAAGAUACCCUUCAAGGAUGCCUUGAUUUCCUUCAAGGAUACAAGAAAUAA